AUGAACAGCUCCAAGCGAAAGGCGCCACCCAGCCAGGAGAAACAGCCAACAAAGCGCGCAAAGGUCGAAGUUCCAGAGUAUCACUUGACGCCGUCUAUCAAGAACGAGGAUGGCUCUAUACAGUGGCCCGCUCCGCAAGCUCAAAUAGGAAGAGCAAGAGAGAUUAUUCUGCAGAGUGCCAAAUCGGACGGAAAUGUCCUCAUUGUACCGGACAAAGAUGCAGACGGCCUGUCCGCCGGCGCCAUACUGCGACAUACUCUGAUUCUACUUGGACUAUCGAAAGAACGAAUACAUGUCCAUCUGCUAUCGAAAGGAACCAACAUUCAUAGCGAAGAUGAGCGGCAGAAGAUGGCUUCAUGUUCGCCGGCAUUCGUCUUUGUGGUUGACCAGGGAAGUCGAUCUGGUCCGAGCAUCAUAGACAGCCCUCAUACUGGACUGAUCGUCGACCACCAUCAUGCAACGGAACAGGACUUUCCAACUGAGUCGGAGCAUGUCACAGCAUGUCUCUCCCCACCCGUGGCAACCUCCGCUCUCCUCACCUACCACCUUUGUGAACCUCUACACCCCGAUGUAGCCUCAACAACAGACUGGCUCUGCGUCGUCGGCACUCACGGCGAUCUCGGCAACACACUGAAAUGGGAGCCUCCGUUUCCGGACAUGAAACCCACGAUGAAAAAGUAUUCGAAAAAGACGCUCAACGACGUGGUCUCCCUCAUCAAUGCGCCUCGAAGAACAGCCACCUUCGACGUCAGGUCUGCCUGGGAUGCACUCUGCGAAACCGCAGAGCCGGCGAGUGUGCUAAAGAAUCCUAGAUUAUUGGCAGCCCGGGCGGAGGUCAAUGCGGAGGUUGAGCGAGUGACACAUACCGCGCCGAAGUUCUCGCCCGAUGGGAAGAUUGCUGUGUUCAGGAUCAAAAGUCAGGCGCAAGUCCACCCCGUUAUCGCCACACGCUGGGCAGGCCACCUCCAAAGCAAAGCCCUCGAAAUCGUCCUCGUGGCGAACGAAGACUAUACCGAAGGCAAAGUGCACUUCUCCUGUCGCAUACCCCGGUGUGCGCGGAGUCGCGACCCGCCGGUGAAUAUCAUCGAAAGUCUGAAAGCUUACGCACGACUACCGGAAGUCGGAAUCGCCGAUGACGAAGGCGGCACAGAGGGCGUCAAACUCGAACACGACGGAACUGCAGACCUGGGAGCUGCGCCGAAGAUCCCACUCCUUGAACGUCUGGGCGAUAACUUCGCCCGAGGCCACGUCCAGGCUUCGGGCGGGAUUGUGGAGAAGGAGGACUUCGAGGACUUGAUGCGUCGUAUGCAGAUUGGCGUCAAGGUCGCGAAGACGACGGGAGAGAAAGAUGCGAGUUCAGCGAAGGGAAAGGGGAAGGCGAUUGAUGGUGGGCAGAAGAACACGUUGUUGGGAUAUUUUGGGAAGAAGGCUGCGGCAAAGUCUUGA